AAUGUGAUAAAACAUUUGAGAAAUGAGUUGAUGAAGAAAGAAGAAAGGAUUCGAAGUUUGGAGGAAUAUACAGACAAAUUGGUGGCAAAGGUGAUGGUAACAAACCCAGAAUUACUUGCCGCCCCUAUUAAUACUUCAACAACAAAAAUUAUAUCAAAAAAGAAAAGGCUUUAA